UAGUGUGCCUCGCGCCUGUUCAUUUCCUAGUUGCUCCCUUGAUGGCCCGCUUGCAACAUCGCGUCGUUGUGAGCGGGGCCUUAUGAAUUCCGUGCACUUAUUCGAAUUCGAUUUUUUUUCAGUGUUGUGACGUUAUAGGGGAACAAGUGUGAAAAUACAAUAAAAUAAACAGUGCCUUAUUAGAAUGUUUAUUUAAUAAGAAACGAAGGGAAAUAUAAACAGAGACGACGGCUACAAAAUGCCAAAAAACUUGUUACUUUUCAAAAAGUUAAUACCUGAAAUAAACUUCGCGAAAAGGAAUCUAACAUCCCCGCUCGGUCGGAACAUAUAUAUCAGCUAAAACAGUGCAACAUAGUUGACACUAGUGCCAUAGUUUUUUUCGAAGAAAGAAAUUUAUGGUCUCACGUUGCCUUACGACAUAGUCGGUUUGAACACCCUUGAAGAGUGACAUUGAGCCAUGAGAAUACGAUUCGCCUGGCCAAAGAUCACCUAAAUUGAAACUUUGAAAAAGGAAGAUGAACAAUAAUCAGUUCCACGAACUGUUCGGGUCUCAGUGGCCCCCGGACCAGCACGGAGGACACUCGUCGGCCUCGACGAUGCUGCAUCAGCAAGGGUUGCCCCAAGGGAUGCAGCUGAAGCGGGAGCCGCAUGAGGUCCAAGGCAUGCACAUGGGAAUGGAUAUAACGUCAGGAUCCGUAGCUGACAGCACCUCGCCUCCCCCCAACAGCGAGGGGAUGUUUGGGUCAUCGAUCUCCGGAAUGUUCAUGGACAAGAAAUCUGCCAACUCUAUAAGAGCCCAAAUUGAGAUAAUACCAUGCAAGGUAUGCGGAGACAAAUCAUCAGGGGUCCACUACGGUGUCAUCACCUGCGAGGGCUGCAAAGGAUUCUUCAGGCGCUCACAAAGUACAGUGGUGAACUACCAGUGCCCUCGUAACAAGGCGUGCGUGGUAGACCGCGUCAAUCGCAACAGAUGUCAAUACUGUCGCCUUCAGAAAUGCUUGAAGCUCGGCAUGAGUCGUGAUGCUGUCAAAUUUGGUCGUAUGUCAAAAAAGCAGCGGGAAAAAGUACAAGAGGAGGUGAAAGCGGUACAACUUCGCACUCAAAUUGAAGCAGCUCCAGACUCAGUCUAUGACUCACAAAGACAAACGCCCAGCUCCAGCGAUCAAUUCCAUGGGCAUUAUAAUAGCUAUCCGGGCUACGGAUCGCCUCUUUCAUCAUAUGGUUACAACAACACAGCGCCAACGCUAACGUCAAAUAUGAGCGGUUUGCACCAACAACCACAGCAACAGUACGACGUGUCAGCGGACUACGUUGACUCAACGACGUAUGAACCGAAACAGACGGCUGGCUUUCUUGAAACAGAUUUUAUUGGGAAUGACGAACAACAAAAGUCAACAAUUCGUCCAACACCAACAACAACAUCAACAUCAACGUCCACAUCAACAAUCCGGCCUGUCAACGUUGACAGCCGGCGAAUACAGGAGUUCGAUCGAUACGAGGAGCGAAUACAAUCACCCGUGUCCAUAUCCAGCGGAGUUAUUAACAUAAAACAAGAAAUUAAACCAGAAACAUCAAUCGGCGUUGACAAUCUUGUUGCAAGUUAUGUAGACUCAACGACAUAUCUACACAGUCCGUCAAACAUACAACAUAGCCCCAUGGAGAUACAGAAUUCUGUGUUGGUCAGUCAGAAUUCCUUGAACGAGGAGCUAAGCCCGGACGAUAUGACGUCCAGUAGUGGUCAUAGAAUGAUGGAUCCGUUGAAUAUGAAUAUGUCGGGGAUGGGAAUGGUCAACCCGAACGCCGUGACGCGACGACAUCAGGGUUCAAGUAGUUCGAGCGAAGAUUUGCCGUCGGAAGGCGAUCUAAGCAAGAUGUUGGUGAAGAGCUUAGCCGAAGCUCAUGCAAACACAAAUCCAAAACUUGAAUACAUCCAUGAGAUGUUCAGAAAGCCACCAGACGUGCCUAAACUAUUAUUCUACAAUUCAAUGACAUACGAAGAGAUGUGGCUGGACUGCGCGGACAAACUGACAGCAAUGAUACAAAAUAUCAUUGAAUUUGCAAAACUCAUUCCUGGUUUCAUGAAACUCAGCCAAGAUGAUCAGAUCCUACUUCUUAAGUCAGGAUCGUUUGAGCUGGCGAUUGUCCGCCUCUCGCGAUUGAUUGAUAUCAACAGGGAACAAGUAUUGUAUGGAGACGUCGUUCUGCCGAUAAGGGAAUGCGUACACGCACGUGAUCCUCGUGAUAUGGCGCUAGUGUCGGGUAUAUUUGACGUGGCAAAGUCGAUCGCAAGACUGAAGCUGACCGAAACUGAGUUAGCGCUAUACCAGAGUCUAGUGUUGCUGUGGCCAGAAAGACACAACGUCCGUGGCAACUCAGAGAUCCAAUGUCUGUUCAAUAUGUCAAUGACGGCCAUGCGCCAUGAGAUCGAGACAAAUCACGCGCCAAUCAAGGGUGACGUCACAGUUCUCGACACAUUGCUGGCUAAGAUACCCACCUUCAGAGAACUAUCGCUGAUGCACUUGGAGGCUCUAUGCCGCUUCAAGGCCGCGCACCCACAUCACUCGUUCCCGGCGCUUUACAAGGAACUGUUCUCACUAGACAAUGUGCUCGACUACACGCACCAAUAAUAAAGAUCUCAAAUAAUGAGACUCAAAGACUUGGUUCAUUCAUUUUUCACUUUCAUUUCGCCCAAACUGAUGGCCCCGCACACAAUUGUUAACCUAUUUAUACAUUGUAUGUAUGUACAUUGAGACUGUUACAAUGCUAUUUACGUACGUACGUAUAUAUAUAAAUGUUUAUUUAAUUUGUAUCUAAGCGUGCGCGGGCGCCGUCAGUUUUACAUUUAUUAUUAAGAUUCGUAAUAAAUGUAUUGGCUUUACGGAUUCGUCUACAAAUGCGCGUUUUUUUUUCGCGCGUCAUGGAGGUAUCAUGAUGUAUCUAACAUGAUAAAAUAAUUAUAUAAAGAUAUAAUAAUAGAAAUAGAGUUUUUAUUAAGAAAUAAAUACAGAAGUUAUGUAGCAGAAUAAUGAUCACACAACGGUUUUGUUUAGCGAAACGUUUUCAUAGGUUUUAUAAUUAUUUCAACAUUUAUGCUAACUUGUUAUUUAUUUCAAAUGAUUAUUAAUAUUGACGUUUUUUUUUAUUUCGAAUUAAGAUCGGUUAUGUAAUAUAAGAAUACAGAUACUGCCCGAUUUUUUGUAGUCUUUUUCUUUGGCUUUUUAUUGAAGGUGUCGAACACAAAGCGAAGAAAAAUUAAUGAAUAUUAUUAAAGUAUAAUUAAUAAGUUGCGUAUUGAACAAAAUCAGGCGAGCAAUUGUAUUAUAUUAUUAGAAUACUCAAAUCUUAUUAUGGCGGGACGUUGAAGCGUUUUAUUUAUACGUUAAUAAAUUAUUUUCAAUUAUUUAAAAGAUGUGUAUUAAGUAUCAGGUUUUUGACACCCAAAAUCGCCUAUAAUAAGAUUUGAUUUAUUAAAUUAACAACGGUACCCUCAAAUGUUUUGAGAUGUUUAGCAGGCAAUUUUUGUUUCUUGGAAUGAUUUUUGAUCUCAUUUUAAGCACUUUUCUUCGCUUGGGUGCCAUGUUCGGUUUUUUAUCAUAAUAAUGAUGCACAGAAAACGCAUAAUAAUUUAUAUUAUUUUUUUUUUAUUUUUACAUUUAAAGUUUAUUGACUUGUAUACGUAAGCCGUUCGCUAUUUACCGAUGACGUAAUUUUUGGUUUUAAAAAUAUAAAUUGCCUGCUAUGUUAUUUAGAAUUAUUAAUAAUUAUCAAUUUUUCUAACACUACUCUAAGUUUCGUGAAAUAGCCUUUACUAUAGACUGGUUUAUAUUAAUGUUAAAUCUUAUAAAACUUAACACGUAUUUUGUAAAUAGUUAUUAAUCAUAUGUAUUUUAUAUUAAAUGUCAUAUAAGGUUCGAUGGGUUAUUUUUAAUUUUUACAUUCUAUUAAAAAAUAUAUAAAAACAAAUUUUCCACAGUUAAUCGGGAUCGCAAUCUUGACGAAUCAUGUGAAAAUGUUGUUUUUACUUUAUAUAUAUUAUAUAUUUUUUGUUAAUAAAGCAAUCUGUUAUUGUCUAUUCAUUUUGUUUUAUUUUUUUCAUUUUUCGUUGAAUAAAAAUAUAUUUAUUUUUAUUUUUGGUUUUUUAUUUUAAUUUUAGUUACCACAUUGUGUUAACUUCUUCAUAUAAUAGAAUUAAUCAUGCAUACAUAGUGAGAACAUAAUAUAGAAUAAAAAUAUACGGGUGGUUCAAGUAUUAUUUUAAAAAUACUGUUGCUGAUUUGUUGUUUCUGAGAAUCCUUGUUAAUAUGACAAAAUAUAUAUUGUAUUUAUUUAUUUGAAUGCAUUUUUUAAUUAGAUGCACAUUAUUAGAUGUGUUAGUAUGUAUUGAUUUUGCUAUAGUGAGUAAUGUCUAAUUUUACAUUAGAUUUUAUUUCACAACUACUAUUUUACAUUAAACAUACAUAUCUUAACACGGAUACAUUAUCACUUAUGCAAAUUAGUUUUCAUUAUAUUUUUAAUUUAUAUACCAUCUUAUAUUCGUCUAAGUUUUUUUAUGAAUUUUUGUUCUUAGAACCUGUGUGUCGUAAAACCUUUAUAAAAUGAAUAAUUUGUAAUAAAUAUUAGACAUUACUCGUAUAAAAAAUGUGCACGAAAAAAAUUAGAGCACUAAGACUGAGAAUUGGAAAAAAAAUGGUAAAGUUUUUUGCCUAAAUAUUAAAAUGCCGUCUACAUUUAACGCCUGACGCGCAUUUUUGAAUCUGGAUUCAAAUUAAAACCUAAUCAAGUACAAAUUAUUAUUGAGUACUUAAUAUAAUUUACGAAUCGUUAAUUAUUAGUUAGCAAUAAUUUUACAACGGUAUUGUUAGGUAUAAUUAAUGCCAGGAGCGUGUUUAAUUUCCGAUUGACUAAUUGACAAGUAGGAUUUUUUUUAUAAUGACCAUAGACAAUUUAUGGUUUUUAAAUCUAGAGGUUUAUUGUCCUUACUUUUGUUAUUACUAUAGUUUUGGUAAUAUUGUUAUGUAUGUUCUUAAGGGUAAUUGCUAACACCUUUACCCAAAAAAUAAUCUACGGAUUUCACAAUCAUAACAAACACGGUAUAAUUUAUUUGGAAUUUUACCUGCAAUGUUAUUUCAUUUGCUUUAGUAACUUUGGUCAUUUCUAUAGUACUUACUGCCUUUUGUUAUCGUUAAAAUACCUAUUUAAGCUUAGUCAAUCAGUUUUUAAGCAACAUGCCGGCGUUAGAUAAUAAUUUUACCGAAUUCAGAUUCUACAGCGGAGGCAUUUGUCGAAUUUAUUUAAAAGAUCAUUGUACAAUCCAAACCUGUGACAAUGUGUCCAUUCUAUACUUCUUAUAAAGUAGACUUGUGAUUGGUGCAGAAAUGAUUAAGAGAGACGCAUAUUUCAUACGAUUACACUCGUAGGAGCGUCGUGUUAGUACUAGAAUUAGGGUAAAGAUUAAAAUUGCUGGGUAGUUUUAUUAGAUAUUUCUAAAAAGUUUUGUACUAUGUUUUGCUAAAUUUUCACUUAAAUAAUAUCAUAGACUUGGACACAUAAUAAUGAUAGGAACUUUUCGAAAAAGCAAGCAAUUGCGGGAAUAAUCGUGUUUUUUAUAAUUCAACGUUUUAUUUGUAAAUGAUUUGAAUAGAGCUUCUAUUUUAUACAAUACCCGUUGAUAUUGGGUCUUGAUCACACAUAGUGAAAAUUUUUUAUAUCUUGUUUUCUAUGAGAUAAUUAUUUUAUAUUAUAAAAAAAUAUUAAUUUGUUAACUGAAGUAUUUUUACACAUUACCUGAACAUAUUAAAGAGUAACAAAAUAUAAAAAAAACAUAUUAUAUCUAUGUAAAGAAACAGAAUAUAUAACAUAUAAUGUACGCAUAAGCUAACCGAAAUAUCUGUAAUCUGAAUUAAUUUCAAUUAUUUCGUUUAAUUUUUUUUGUUUUCAAAAAGAUUUUUCGGUUAACUUACGUUUGCUGAAGCUUUGUUGAUUUGUGAAAUUACAAACUAAAGUACCUUAGUAGUUGGAGGAGGAAUUUGAGAACCAAUAGUAAAAUAAAUGUUAUUGUUUUUAUUAUUAUUCUCGAAUCACUUGCAA